AUGUGGGACAACACGGCCUUGCAUGAACAAAAUAUUGUGUUUGGUGAUCUUCAUCGCCCGAAUAUUAUAGUCACCCCAAAAGGAGCGAUUCUUGUAGAUUUUGAAUUGUGCGAAAGAUAUGAUAUUGAUCGUUACCCUGUUACAAUGAGUACUGAAAUAUCUUGGCCCCAAGGUGCAAAUCCUGGUGCUUUACUCAUGCAAGUGCAUGAUGGUAAUUGGCUUCAGGUGUUAAAGCAUGAUCUAAAUUUAUAA